ACUAACACAGUCCGCUCAUUGGCUCCCGCCGAGGACAGCAAUCCAGAAGUGACUGAAGGAAGAAUCGACAGCAAAGUAAGUUUGCGUGUGUUUUAUAGUUCCUAACUUACGGAUGCGGUCUCAGGAAGGCCCCCGCUGAGAAAUGGAGCUGCGGGAGGACGCCUCGCCCGCUUCGGCCUUCGAGAAGGACGCGUUCCAGCUUACCGUGGAGGACGUGUACGACAUCUCCUACGUGAUCGGUCGAGAUUUACUCAAGAUCAGCAGCUCAGGUGAGGAAGUGUCGGACCUGCAGUUCCGGAUCGUCCGCGUUCUGGAGCUGUUCGAGACGGUGGUGAAGCAGUACAACCUGUCGGUGGAGGAGCUGAGGCUGGAGAGGGACAACCUUAAGACCGAGCUGGACCGUAUCCUUGGGGAGAACUGCACGGAGAACGGCCCGCCGGCAGUGGGACCCGAUCAGUUGGUGAUUGACCUGAAGGACCCCAACAGACCCCGGUUCACCAUGCAGGAGCUGAAGGAAGUGCUCCAAGAGCGGAACCAGCUGAAGGCCCAGCUGAUGGUGUCACAGGAAGAGCUCCAGAUGUACAAGAGUGGCAGGCUACCAAUGGAGCCAGGUAUGGUGGAGAUAGACCUGGAAUCUCCCCCUGCCACCGACAACGGCUCGGCUGCAGGCGAUGACGCCAGAGAGGAGCCGAAAGAUGAGAGAACAGCCAUCUCAAAACUGUUUUCAUUCAGGAGAAAAUGAGGAUUACUUCUUACAAUAACGGGACCAAUUUAUUUACACACAAGCCAUCAAGGAUUUUUUUCACAUAUUUUUGCAUUUUUUAUACAACUUUUUUAAGCUUUUUUGUAAUCCAUAGGAUGCAAUAGCAUGUGAUGCAUUAGACAUUUUAAAGGUGCAGUGUUUAUAAUUUAAUGGAAUCAAGAACAGUAGAUUUGGCAGAAAUUUAAUAUAAUAUUCAUAAGAAUGUUUUAAUCAGUGUAUAAUCCCGUGAAAAAACUAGAUAAGAGUGGUACUGCUAAAUGCCACAGAAUCCUACAUUGAACCUUUAACAAGUGAAGGACAAUAAUGCAGGGGAUUGUUUCUGAUGAUGUACAUGGUGUUAACUUGAAAGUAUUGACAAUCUCAUCCUGUCUCAGGACCAUACUGCUUAGUAUUCAAUGAAGAACUUUCUGAAGUAUUCAGUCCUAGAUGUAUUUAGAUGAUCGUCAAUAGUUAAGCAAUUGCUUUUUCAGCACUGUAAAGAUUAACCAGCCCAGCAGUAGUCCAGUGUUCUGGUUAAAACCAGACUAUGGGAUUCUGUAUCCAAAGCAAACACACUUGAAUAAAGUGAUCUAUACAAUUUCUA